AUGAGGAUAUAUGAACAGUUAGUUAAGAAAAAUAAUAUUAGAUAUAUGGCAGGGGUAGCAUGCUGGCUGGAGACUCCAGAAAAUCAGGAUUAUGUCAUUACAACUGAAAUAUUCCUAGACACGUUUGAGUUUCUUCUGAACGAUUUGAUCUUGAAUGAGAGGCGAAAAUUGAAGAUGAGUAAGGCUGUACUUUCUACAAAUGGUAGCAGUGACUAUGGAUUAUUAGAAGCACAAGAAACAGCACGCAAUUGGUUCUACAAGCUUGACUUUUUCAGAGAGGGCGAAGAAGGCUUUGUCUGUCUGACUCGCAUGAUUAGAGGAAUUGGGGAUCCUUUAAUUGCUUCCUAUGCGCGAAUGUUUCUAUGCCGAAUGGGGGUGGAGGUAGCUCCUCAGCUGACACAGUAUAUCACUGAGAACGUCGAAGAUUUUUUGCAGACUUUGAAACAGGGGUUGUGGCCUGAGGGGGAAGCUGAUAUCAACAUGGGAGAAGACAAGGAUGCUCUGGCAGUACGCGUCUUGUCUCCUCCCCUCGAGUGGAUGAUGCAGUGUCUUGCCAGUCGAGCUCCUCAUCAUGUCCUGCAGACUGUGUUACAGCAUUGUGAAGGAGGGGAAGGACUCGGACAGAACUUGUUAGUUGCAGCAUUACUUACUACAUUCCCACAUGGCUUCAUUGCUGUCAAUGCUAUGCCUCUCACUCACCUUAUAGCAGGUUGUUCUUACCCAGGGAAGAGUCAGCACGAGCUGGUUUCAGCUCUUGGUUUGUGUGUGAAUGAUGCUGUUCCAGCCCCACAGCAGCACUUGCCACUUCUUAAUGCUGUAUGGAAGCUCAUCACUAGAAUUCCACUUACCAAGGAUUAUCUCUCCACUGCUGGCAUUUGGCUUGAAUUCUGCAAGCACUUUACGGCAACAGAAGUAAACACUUUACUUGGAGAUGUAUUGAAACGUGUGAGAUCAGCACACAAUCAAGAACAGGUGCCUUAUCCUGUCCUCUUAAAGCUUAUUUCUACAGCUCUUACCAAUUCUCCCGAUCCUCAGUCCCUUUUUCCAAUGACAAAUUUCCAGGGUAUCUUGAGUGUGUUUCAGCGAGAUACCGUUGGUGCUGGUGAUGGUGUUACUUGGGGUGUUACAGAAGCCUUGCUAAAUAAUCAUCCCGGAGAAUUCACAGAUCCUACUCUAGUCCAACAUCUUUUAACCCUCUGUGGAGCACUCCAUGAUUCCAUAAAUGCCCUCACGACAGAUGAUGAAAGAAGGCAGCUGUCUCAUCUUAUUACAACUUUUAUUCGACAAGUUGAUUUUGGUCGAGAUUUUGAACAACAACUGGAUUUUUAUGUGAAUGCCAGAGCAGCUUUCUCAAACCUAGACACAGUUCUCCGAGCACUUGUACAGGUAGGCCAUAUCAUUUUGUGAGUUUUAAUAUUUAUGGUUAAAAUUUAAAUGCAGGUGACAUAUUUGGUAAAAUACAUACUUUGUAUUGUGCUCAGGUAAGACUUAUUUAUAGAACUAUAUGGUAGAGAAAUCUCUUGAGUGAAAUUUUAGAUUCACAUAGAUAAUAUGGCACUACAAUGGCUGACAGACCUAUCUAUGUAGUAUUAGUAAAAUAGAUGUCUUACUACAAGACUACUAGAUCUCCCGUGAAGGAUCUCACUCAAGGUAAAAUAAGUUAGACAGGAGAACUGGAAGAUAGAAAGCAAUACAACUGGGGGUCAUUGCAAAGAACCUCUUCUAUGUGGGCUUAAAAUUAACUAGUGUAUGUAAUGUAUUUGAUUCCCAAAGAUGAACACUAUGCUUAUCUAAAAUUACCCAAAUACUCAAGAUGCCUACUGCUCUUCUUAUAUUUUUAUUUUAAUGCAUGCCUCUCCCAUAUAUCUGUAAAUUUAAGGAUAAUAAAGCUACAUUCACACUCAUAAAUGAAGUUAAAUAUGUAUACUGUAUACUUAACAAAACUGAAUAAAGAGAAAGUCAUAUUAUACAAUGUUCCUUCCUUGAAGAUUCAGUUUCCUUUAAUAAUGUCUCACUGGAGUAUGCAUCAUACAUAUAGUACAUAGCCCUAAAUUUUGCUUCCCACAUACAUCAUUAAUAUAUAAACAAUAAUCAGUAAAGCCCCGUACACACUAUGCAUCAUGAUGCUCGCAGUGUUAGAUGGAUGCGUUGAAAAAACAACUUUUUCAACAUGAAGCUGCAUCACCAACGUGUUGAUGGGGCAGAGCCAUUUCAUUACGCAGCUCAGUGAUCCACGAACAUUCAAAGGGGGAGGAUGUCCGCUCACCACCACCCGCCAAACCCCUUGAGUGGACAAGGACUAACACUACAUUUUAUUGAAUUACUGAAGGAACAUCCAUCUGUUUGGAACAUCAAAUGCAAGUAUUACAAGAUGAGAAACAUCAGGAGUGCAAGCUUGGAAACCAUAAUGAAGACAUUACUAAAAAGCUGCACACCCUGAAGAGACAAUUCUACAGGGAAAUGUCUGCAAUCAAAGCAUCACAGAAGUCUGGAGCUGGCACGAAAGAUCUCUACACUCCGAAGUUAUGGUGUUUUGAUGAGCUGCGUUUCUUGUAAUAAAAAAAUAUUUGUGUACUUUGUACCUAUAAUUGAACCUUACUUUCCAAAUAAUCCUCCCUAAGGACAUUAUAGAUGGCUUCACAGGUUUCGGGGAUGAUUAGACCGAGGCUCUGUUUUGAAAUCCUGGUUGAAUAUUGGAGGCU